UUUAUUAUGUGUUAUGAGAAAAUUAGAUAGACACCUGGGUGUCAGAAGCAUAGUGGGAGUUUCAUCUAUCCUAUCAAGGUAUACUCAAUUCAAUCUGGCAUACCGAUCCAAUCCUACUCCUACAAGAGUAGACUCACCGAGAACUAUCUGAUAAUUGUAGGAGUUCAAUACCGGAACCAGAACAUCUUGUUUUAAAUCCCCGCUCUCUGGAAAGUUUACUAGGUCACACUAGAUGGGAGCCCAUUUCUCAUCUACUGGCUAUCUUGCGUCUGUGGCUCUGGUCGAGUCAAAUCUAGUCAAGAUGCAGGGGUAAUGAUAUUGAAAUUAUGGCCCUGGCUAUAGCAUGGCCUCUUUGGCUCUCUAUACCAACCAUAGUUCGAGGUUUUAGAAUGAGUUCACUUGCUUUACCAGUCAGUCCACCAGUAUCUUAUAACCACAUCUCCUGAAAGGUUAACAACUCUCUAUCUAAUCAGACUAAAGUCGACUUUGGGUUCCUGAUUGGGUCUCAGCCCUAUCCAAGGUCAGUACUUCGCUAUUAACUAUAAGAAGAGAAGAAACAUCAUGGGCAUUGGACCCAUGCUAUCUUUCAAGUUAAUUAAUAUGUUCUGA